AUGGGCAUUUACGAGGAAUAUAUGAAGUCAUUAAAUGCAAUAGGUCUAGGCCCUAAACGUGAACUUGAACCACAAGUAGCUAGACCGCAUGCUUUUGGAAAUCCUUUUAAAUUGGAUAAAAAGAAUAUGUCGAUUGUUGAUGAGGUUGGAGAAAUGAAUGUAAAUUCUGACGAGCCUUCUUCUUCCUCUUCCAUAAGCAGUGCUGAAAGAAGAGAACAACGUAAAAGAGAACGUGAGAAUCGAGCUUCGUCUGAAGGUCCGGGGAGUAGUGGACAAGUAAUUGCUAGACCUAAAAGAAGGCCGGGUCCUUUGGAUUUGAGUAGAUUGUUUGCUUGGAAAAAUCGUCGAAGAUCAAUGCGAAAUCAAAACAAUUCAAAUUCAAUGGCUACUGACAUUUUGGAGAUCCAAUCAGCCCCUCCGGAUGCCCAAGACUUUGAAGAACGGAAUAAAUUGGAAGAAGAAGAUUUGGAAGACCAAAUAAAUGAAGAAGAAGAAAUGGAAGAGAAGGGGUUUGAAGAUGAUAUUCAAUAUAUUGAGUUGGAUAAGUCUCAACAACAACAACAAAAAGCUAAUUUUUGGGGUAAUAAUAAAGGGAAUACUUUAGGUAUAUUUUUGAUCAUGGAACUCUUAAAUUUUUGGGGAGGGAUUUUGCGGACUAGAAAAUCCUUUUAUAGGGCUUGUUAA